ACGUCUUGUCAGUUUGAGCGGCAGUAUCAGUAUGUCCGGUCGUGGCAAAGGAGGUAAAGGUCUCGGAAAAGGAGGCGCCAAGCGUCAUCGUAAGAUCCUUCGUGACAACAUUCAGGGCAUCACCAAGCCCGCCAUUCGUCGACUCGCUCGUCGCGGCGGAGUGAAGCGAAUCUCCGGCCUCAUCUACGAGGAGACCCGCGGGGUACUCAAGGUCUUCUUGGAGAACGUCAUUCGUGAUGCAGUCACGUACACGGAGCACGCCAAGCGAAAAACAGUCACUGCCAUGGACGUCGUGUACGCCCUGAAGAGACAGGGUCGCACUCUGUACGGCUUUGGAGGCUAAAAGACAAGCAACAGACUUUGUCUUAGUUUGCUUGAAACAAACCGGCUUUUUUAAAAGCCACUACUUUUAUCAAAGAGAAUUAGAACAAGACUGGUUCUGUCGUCUGUUCACUAGGCUGUACCCUAAGUAAAUUUUUAAUCUAAAUAUUUUUAUUUGUGUACGUGUA